AUGACCACCUUCAAGCUCUGGCCGCCCAUAUCCCCGGCGGACCUCAAGACCGAAGCCUCCGAGUCCCUGGACCGCGAACUCGCCUGGCUAGUCGACGAGACCGUCGCCCUCUGCCACGACCUCAAGCACGGCAUAGAAGACUGCUACGCGCUGCUGGCGCCCAUCGACCCGGGCAGCACCCUCGUCAUGAGCACCCACCGCAACGAGAAAGUCAAAGGGACAAUCACCCGCGUCGGAACCCGAAUCGUCAAAGGCACUCUCUCCCUGCAGCUGCGCACCCUGCCCCCCCAGCAGCUCAGCGUGUCGGCCUCGGAACCCAUCCACAUCGCCAGCCUGGACGCCGUCCACGCCCACCUCACCCGCGCGAUUGACCUGCUCGGCCUGACCGUCGCGUCCGCCCAGACCCCCGCGUCGCUGUCGUCCGCGCUGGCCGUCCUGGCCGACUGCCUCGCCCAGUCGGCCGCCCUCCUCAAGGGCUCCGCGCGCCCGGACCCCGACCCGGCCUGGCAGACGGCCUCCUGUCCCGCGCACCACUUCAGCCCCCCGCUCCCGGCGACCCUGAGCGUCCACAUGACCGUCCACGAGAGCAGCGUCGUCCUCUGGCUGCGCGCGCUGGAACCCGCCGCCGCGCCGGUCAACCUCGGCACCAAGCUGGGCUUGGCCAUCGGCACCCUGCGCCGCCUGGAGCACGACGAGAUGGACACCGUCUUCCGCUACCAUCCCGACGGCGACGGAAGCUGCGAGCCCAAGCGGGGGCAAGCCACCCGCUCGACCGGCCCGCAGAUGAGUGGGAAGAAGGAAAACGCCCACGAGGUGUUUGUCCGGGAAAAGGUGCGCAUCGAGAGCGCGGAUCCCAGCUUGAUAUCGCUGUAUUCGAAGCUGGGGUACUUGGGCCACAAGCUGGGGCAGGCGAGACAUAACCUGUCUGCCGUGAUGAGUGUCGAUUUGCGCAGACCAUGA